UUAGAGGCGAAUCACUGUAUAAUGUAAGUGUCAAACUACAUUUAACAACAUAAAAAAAUACAAAUUUCGUGAUCUACUAUGUUGUCAGUAGCUCAAACAGAAAGUAAAAAGGAUUUGUAAUGUAUAUCAGUCACAGACGAAAAUGGAUAUAGAAGAACUCAUAGAGGAUCAAACUACUGGCCAGCAUUGCCGUCUGUGUCUUCAUUGGACAGAUGAUACACAACAGUUCGUUGAUAUUUUCAGGUUCAAUGAAGAUUUGAAUUCCACACUUGGUGACAAAAUUCGCGAUUGUGUAGGUUUGUCCAUCAAUCCAGAUGACACCGUGUGUAAAAUUUGUUCAAACUGCGAACAGACGAUUCGUUUGAUAGACGAAUUCCGGAUCCUUUGUCACCACUCCGCAAAUCUUUUCGAAUCGGCACAAUUCCACAACAGCGAUGUCGGAAAAUGGGAAUGUUAUAAAGAACAUGUUACGGGAUUAAGAGUGCUGGUUUGCGAACAACGAGACAGGGUUGAUAAUAUAUUGAAAGAGGAAACACAGGAAGAUUUGUCUGAAGCUUCCGUUGAUAUCGUUGACAACAUACUUCCUCCCGAAUUUAUACAAGUGGAAGAGGAAGAAACAAAUGAGGAGCAACCAGAAGAGAACAUUGAAGUCGAGCCUCUUCUAUCGAUCGAACAUGAUUGGGACCCAAACGAGUCGAUGUCAGAAACUACCGAUGUUUCGGAAAACGCUAAAUCGCGUACUAUUAAUGACAAAGAUGUGAAAUUACGAUUAAAGCUGGAAAUUGCAACCGAGCUACAAACCCAGAUGUCUAAGAAACCUGAUUUGAAAGCUGUUAGUAAGAAAAUGAAUUUGAAAUUGCGCAAGGUUGGAAACAUGUGGGCAGAAAUGAAAAAUUAUUACAGAAUGUACAAGAAGCGUGCCUACGCCGGACACAAGCCUUCCAUUUUCCGCUGCCGUGAAUGUCCUUUGUUCGCCGUGAUGGAUAUUCUAGUUCCGAAAUUCUAUGAUAGUGAACCCUAUAGAGAGCCAGAAAUCGGCAACGAUGACGAUGGAAAACUAAUAUCGAUCGAUCUGAAGCUGGCAAUCGCAGAGGAAAUAAAGAAGCAUCCUGAGUUGUGGGACUUGUCCCUUAACUGCUCCAGACAAAGUGUAAAUACUGCUUGGAAGGAAAUGACCAAGAAAUUCGCGAUGGACGUAAAAACGCUGCGAGCACACUGGAGUCGUUUGCGAGGAAUCUAUCGCAUGUUUAAAAUAAGCAGAUUGAAAGGUGCCAAGAAACGGGAACCCACAAACGAAAAGUAUGUCCGUCUGAUGUCGAUUCUACACGAAAUGCUCGAGAGCAGAACGCACAUUCCGUCAUACCUGGGCUCCAUCACGCAGCAAGACAUUUUCACAGCUGACAUAGAAAAUGCAGAGAGCCAAUUCAUCCAAAAGAAUCCGCCAUGCACCCCCAAAGAGUAUGGCAAAUGUACUGACGAAUCAUAUGGGGAUGUUCUGAUGGAUUAUUCUACAAAUAAAAAAACAACAGAAUAUGAAGACACCGAGCAAAGCGAAGAUAAGGCAUAUCCCAAGAGAAGAUUCACUGGAAAACGGCGUUUCUCUGAUGAUGGAUGCAUUAAGGUUAAAGUCAGAGGGCAAACGCGAUACGUAAAAAUCUGUGAGCUCUGUGGUAAGCAGAUUGAGAGGUCCCGUUUUGAGUAUCACAUGAACGUGCACUAUGGACUCCGACCGUACGCAUGCUCUUUCGAAGGAUGCAAUAGACGAUAUGGCAGUAGGAAACCUCGGGAUACCCAUGAGAUAGUGUUCCACGGUGAGGACGGAUACAUAUUUCAGUGCGAUCAGUGCGACGCAAAGUUUAAGCAGAAAGCCAAAUACGAGUAUCACUACGCAAUCAAACAUAAAAGCGAGAAGGUUCCGUGUAAAAUCUGCGGUAAAGUGUUUAAACACAGAACUUUACUCAGAAAUCACAUGGUUAUCCAUAAGACUAGUUAUGAAUGUCACGUUUGUGGUAAGAUAUUGCAGAAGAAAUACUCUCUGAGUGUCCACAUGCGUGUUCACACCAACGAAAAACCUUAUCCCUGCGAAGUUUGUGGGGAACGGUUUAUGCUGAAGGUUCAAAUGAAGACGCACUUGCUCAAAGUGCACGGCAUUGUGCUGGAAGAGGUGCAGAUAGCGACAAAGGCGAUUACAAGUUAACUACAUUUUUUGGAAGGGAUUCAAACGCAUUGAAAUGCUGGAUUUGUUCAAUAAUUGUUGUUAUUCCAAAGAGAGAAAAAGCUGCAUUGAAAUAAAAGUUUUCAAGUUUCUUUGUUAUACAGUAAACAUUCACUAUCUGGGCGAAAAGGGAAGACCAGUUAUCGAUAUUUGCGUUUUAACUGGUCCGGCAUGUUAAACGUCAAAUAAAAUCGAGGGGAACUUCAAUGAAUUGUUUGAUUCGGGUUGAUCAUGAAAUUGGAUAAACAAAAGGAUUCCAAUGGAAGUUUCGCAUUGAGUGUGACAACAGAUAUUGUUUGCGAGUAGCACGAGCACCCUGCUACUACCCUGACCAGGAAUUCCCCACGUCAGCUGUUUCGUCGCACGAAACACAAAGAUUUGCAGACACAUCGUAGACAAACUAACGGGAAGUAACAGCUGAUGAGGAACAAAUGUAACUGUGCUCAUUAGCGUCUCCACACGUGUACCAGAGCAGGAAGGAACGAAAACAACUAACUUUUUCUUAUUGGGUGAACGAAACUCUGUGAGGUCAUCCUAGCAUUCACCACUACGUAUACGAUCACAGCGUUGGAAACAAUCAGCAUUCUGCCGAAGCUCGAUCGGCAGAAAACAUCGCACGUGAUGAAGACCAACACAGGCAUCGACAGAGCGCAGCAAAUUGGGAUGCUGCGGAGCGACGACAGUUCGAGAUCGUCCACCACAGGAUCCAUAUGGAUUCGAUAUUGAAGGGAGUGAUUGUCAAU